CCCGCUCGGCCUCCCCCGCCCCCCGGCAGCUCGGAGAGUCCCAGACGCAGGUCGGGAAUAUAAUAGGCUGCUGUCUUCAGUCCUGGGGCGGAGAAAACUCUCCUAUGACGCGCCUUGUGCAGCAUGAGGUUGUAGCUCCUCCAGCCCCGGCUCACUCCUGCGGGAGAUCUCCAGGCGCUCGCUCUUCCGAGGGAGGAGGCGGGGUGGGGGCGCCGCGGGGGCGCGGGCAGCCAGGACCCGCCACCGGCCAGCGUGCGGGCAGGGCGGCCGGGCCGCGGGGCCGUGCGGGCGCGGGCAGCCCGGGCCGAGGCGGGAGCAUGGACGCGGCCCCCCCGCUGUCUCUGGGCGCCCUCCCGGGCGGGGCGCUGCUCUAGGGGCCGCCGGCGGGAGCCGCGAGGCAGAGGCGGAGCUCGGCUCGCGGCCGCAGGAGGCGGAGGAGGGAGCGGGGCGCUGCCGCGGGCGGCCCGGCCUGGGCGCGGGGCAAGGAUGCAGCAUCCCCUGGACCUGGGCGCCGCGCACUACUUCCCCGCCGACGCCUUCCCCGACCACCGCUCGCACCGCUACAGGAGCUUCAUGAUCGAGGAGAUCCUGACGGACCACGCGGACGCCAAGGGCGCGGCGCCGGCCGGGGAGCUGCUCAAGUUCGGCGUGCAGGCGCUGCUCUCGGCCCGGCCCUACCACAACCACCUCGCGGUGCUGAAAGCCGAGCAGGCCGCAGUCUUCAAGUUCCCUCUGGCCCCGCUCGGCUGCUCCGGCCUGGGCUCGGCGCUGCUGGCGGCGGGCUCGGGGCUGCAAGGCGGCUCUUCGUCCUCCCAUCUCCCGCUGGAGCUGCACCUCCGCGGCAAGCUGGAGCAGGGCGCCCCGGAGCAGGGCGGCAAGGCCAAGAAAGGGCGCCGCAGCCGCACGGUCUUCACGGAGUUGCAGCUCAUGGGGCUGGAGAAGCGCUUCGAGAAGCAGAAAUACCUCUCCACGCCCGACAGGAUAGACCUGGCGGAGUCCCUGGGCCUGAGCCAGCUGCAGGUGAAGACCUGGUACCAGAACCGGCGCAUGAAGUGGAAGAAGAUAGUGCUGCAGGGCGGGGGCCUGGAGUCCCCCACUAAGCCCAAGGGCCGCCCCAAGAAGAACUCCAUCCCCAGCAGCGAGCAGCUCACGGAGCAGGAGCGCGCCAAAGAGGCGGAGAAACACGCGGAGGGCCUCGGGGCGCCCUGCGAGGUCAGCCAGGAGGAGUGAGCCCAGCCGACUGCAGCCCACGCGCGGCUCCGGACUGCCGCCUCGGCGCCGCCUCCCGGGCCCCCGCUGCGCCCCGGCUGGGGGCGGACUGCGCUCCAGGCUGCCGGACUGCCCCGCUCUCGCCGCCUGCAGCAGCCUGGACUGAUCCCGGCCUCGCGGGCCCCUUCCAGCCCCGCUUUCCGCAGCGUGGAGGACUCGUGCGCGGCAGCAGCCGCAGGAGCCGCGGGAAGGGGCAGCCCCGAGGCUGGGGCGCUGCGCUGCGCUGCGCCGGCCGGGGCCGGGGCCGGGGCCGGGGCCGGGCCGAAGAUGGCUCUUCCCGCUCUGUUUGAUACGCGCUCGGUGCCCGCCUCGGGCCGGCUGCGGGGCCGGGGCGGGAGCUGUCGUGGCGCUCUCGCCGCCCGCGGUGCCCCGAGGGCCUCGGCAAGCGCGGUGUGACCUGAUUUGUCCCGCGAAGACCUUGUCUUCGCCUCAAUAAAGUUGUGACGCAGCC